GCCUCGUUCUCCCUGUUUUCUCAAAACCCUCACAGAACAACACAUAACACAGUGUGACUUUCUCUCUCUAAAAGCUCUCUCUCUCUCUCUCUCUCUCUCUCUCUCUCUCUCACUCAUAGACUGUAAGUAAAGCAAAACCCUUGUGCUGUUCUUCCCCAGAGUUUUCAAUAUGUGUAGUAUUUGUCUAAGUAUGACUGACUCUAUCCGAUACAAUUACUCAUUUUUGUUCUAUUCAAUUUUCGCUCAGCGCUAGAAGAAGACAACAAUACCAACUCCUCCAAUGUCCGAUCCCUCCGACGACGCUUCCCACAUCGAGAAGCUCUACGAAUUCGGCGAGCGUCUCAACGAAUGCAAGGACAAGUCCCAGAAUGUCAAGGACUACCAGGGGAUUAUUGAUGCGGCCAAGACGAGUAUCAAGGCUAAGCAAUUGGCUGCCCAGCUCAUUCCUAGGUUUUUCAAGUUCUUUCCUGACCUGUCCGGUCCCGCCAUCGAUACUCACCUUGAUUUGAUCGAGGAAGAGGAGCUUGGGGUUCGGGUACAAGCGAUUCGGGGACUACCCCUUUUCUGCAAGGAUACGCCAGAACAUAUUGCCAAGAUAGUGGACAUUCUUGUGCAACUUCUCGCAGCUGAAGAAUUUGUGGAGCGUGAUGCUGUUCAUAAAGCUCUCAUGGCUCUUUUGAGGCAGGAUGUGAAAGCUUCAUUGACAGCCUUAUUUAAGCAUAUUGGUAGUGUUGACGAGCCAAGCACAGAUGAAUUUAUUCGGGAGAAGGUGUUAAGCUAUAUAAGAGAUAAGGUAUUUCCUAUUAAAGGAGAACUGUUGAAGCCACAGGAAGAAAUGGAGAGGCAUAUUACAGACUUAAUAAAAAAGAGUUUAGAAGAUGUAACUGGAGCAGAAUUUAGAAUGUUCAUGGACUUCUUAAAAAGUUUGAGCAUAUUUGGAGAGAAAGCUCCUCCAGAACGCAUGAAAGAACUAAUUGGAAUUAUUGAAGGUCAAGCCGAUUUAGAUGCACAGUUCAAUGUUUCAGAUGCUGACCAUAUAGACAGAUUGAUAUCUUGCCUUUACAUGGCUCUUCCAUUUGUCGUGAGAGGUGCAUCAAGUAGUAAGUUCCUCAACUAUCUCAGUAAGCACAUAAUACCCGUCUUCGACAAGCUACCUGAGGAACGCAAGUUGGAUUUGCUCAAAGCACUUGCAGAAAUUUCACCUUACACAACUCCUCAAGAUUCACGUCAGAUCCUUCCUUCUAUUGUUCAACUACUAAAGAAGUACAUGCCUCGAAGGAAGACUGGAGAAGAGAUGAACUUCACUUAUGUUGAGUGCUUGUUAUAUACAUUUCAUCAUCUUGCUCAAAAGGUUCCCAAUGCCACAAACAGUUUAUGUGGUUACAAAAUAGUUACAGGCCAACCAUCGGAUAGGCUUGGAGAGGACUUCUCAGAGCAGUACAAAGAUUUAACUGAAAGGUUGACUAGUGUGGAGGAGCUGACUAGAGCUACCAUGAAGAAGUUGACUCAGGGAAUGGCUGAACACAAUAAAGCAAUGGCGGCAGCCAAAUCCGAUGAGGCAAAGGGUAACAUUAAAACUCAAAAGCAGAACACAACAACUGGAUUGCGAACCUGCAAUAACAUUUUGGCAAUGACAAAGUCAUUACAUGGAAAAACACCCACAUUUAUUGGAGAUAAGAGCAUAAAUUUGUCUUGGAAAGAGGCAACCAAACCUGCAGUGUCUUCCUCUACUACGGUUGGAGGUAAACGUCCUGCUAAUGCUGCUAACGGGUCAGGCAAUGCUGCUUCGAAAAAGGGCCGCGGAGGUGGUGGUUUGCCAAACCAGCUUGUUAAUAGAGCAUUUGAAGGUUUAUCUCAAGGUGGCAGAGGUGGUGGUAGAGGCCGAGGCAGGGGAUGGGGUGGUCGUGGAAGAGGAAGGGGUUUCCGGUAGUCUGUCUCGGUGAGUGAUGCAGUUAGGAAAAAAGCUACAAAAUUCCAGGAUAUGUACCAGAAGAAUGCUCAUUGGGCACUUGAUGUAUGGAAUUCUUCUUCUCUUAGGGAUAUGAUAUGUUUUGUUUCUCAUAGGAAGUUGAUGAGUUCGGACUCGAUUUCGACUAACCCCAAUUAUUGUAUUGCUCUGGAGAUUAUAGAGUGGCAGGAGAGUAGACCAAAACAACAAAAAACAAAAUUAGACCAUUCAGGAGAAAAGUGCAGUUAGUGAACCGAUUGUGUCUGUUUUAGUGAAAUUUGAUUCAAAGGACUGUUUUGUAGUUCAAAUAAUCAGUGACUAUUGUUGAGUGCGUGACCAAAAUAUUAGUGUAUGACUCGAGAGAGUUUAUUUA